CAGGCUGUCAAGAAAAGCAAACUUACUGGAUCUCAAAGUUAAUAAGGCGUCACAGAUUUUCGCGUUUGUUUAAUGAUAAUGUUCGAAUGAACAGCUUAAGUUUAUUUGGAUAUAAAACAUUCAAUUUCAGUGUUGAAUAGGGUGACGACUCACGCCAUACAGCUUCCGGGUGUUCGAGCUGCAUGCGUCACUUCACGAGCAAUUACGUGACAAGAAUCUGAAUCACCGGCAAUGAUUUGAAGAGAAAGAGGGGUCUGCUGUAAAUGACAACAUUUUCUGCUAUUUCUCUCUGCUAUGUUUGAGAUCGAAGUGUGAAUCAGACGAGGCCCGUAUCAGCUGCUCUUAGUUUAGAGUAAAAUCGGUUCCUGCAUUUUCUAGAUAAUACUACACAGAAAAGAUGAACCGCCUGUUUGGAAAAGGGAAGGCCAAGGAGCCUCCUCCUAAUCUGUCUAACUGCAUUGAGGUCCUUGACCAACGAGCCAACAAUAUGGACGAGAAAAUAAAAAAAUUGGAUGCUGAAUUAUUUAAAUAUAAGGAGCAGAUGUCGAAAAUGCGAGAGGGACCACCCAAAGACUUGGUGAAGCAGAAAGCAUUGCGAAUUUUAAAGCAGAAGAAGAUGUACGAAUCUCAACGAGAUAACCUUAUGCAGCAGAGUUUCAACAUGGAACAAGCAAAUUUCGCAACGCAGCAACUGAAGGACACAAAGACAACGAUGGAAGCAAUGAGGUUGGGUGUUAAGGAAAUGAAACAUGAAUAUAAGAAAGUUAACCUAAACGAGAUUGAGGACCUUCAAGACGACCUUGAAGAUAUGCUUGAACAGGCCAACGAAGUUCAGGAAGCAUUGGGUCGUUCCUAUGGUAUGCCUGAAAUGGACGACGAGGAACUGGAAGCAGAAUUGACAAUGCUGAACGAUGAAAUUGCACUUGAGGAAGACACGUCGUAUCUGGAAGACGUCACAGCUCCAAAGGUUCCAAGCAAAGGUCCGUCACAGAAACAGAAGCCGCAAGCGGUAGAAGGCGGCAUAAUGGUGGACGAAUUCGGGUUGCCUAAGUUACCCUCGAACUAGAUUUUUCGCCUCUUCCUGACUGACGAAUUUACCAUGAAAGGUGGAAACAGCUGCCGGUCUACUUUAGACCGGCAAAGACAAAGUAAUACCGUGGAAAACACAAGAAGGUCUGGCAUAGCCUUAAAUUUUACGUUGUGUCGUUUAUCUUUAUUUUGAAACAUAAUAGAGAGAGAGCAUCAAUUGAAUUAUUUUUUACAAACAGUAACAAUUACUGGAUUUAGUUGUUAUUAAUCUAAAGAUGCACAUCAUGGCUAGGAUGCUCCGCUUACAGUAUCAUUUCUGAGAUAAAAGCAGCCUUUCACUAAAAAUUAAUGUUUGCAGCUCUUCAAUGGCUCCAUAGCUGGCGUUCGUAUGAGCUGAUGUAUUAAUUUUGCCGAUAGUCGAACGAACUUUAUCGUCGAAUCGAAAGUCGACACGCAAACUAACUGUGCAAAAUCUGUUGACAAUUGAUAACUGAGGCAUCAAAAUAAUCGGAUAAUUUAAAAAUUACGUAAGCGAAUAUUUGAAUUUUUGGGCUAGGCUAAUAAAAAGCUAACCGUUUACGAGGAAAGAAUAUAAAAUAAUUUUAAACAUUACAUAUAAAAAAAUACGCUUAAAGUAGUUGAAAACUGUUCAGAUUUCGAUUUCAAACGAUUCGAAUGAACGUUAAUAUGAUCAUUGUGUACAUGUGAUAAUUUAGUGCAUUGAUAUACUUUUCUGCUGUUACAGAACUUACUAAUACGUAUCGACCAGUGUAAUGGCUUACGACAGGCAUAAUACAGAUGCAAGUUGUUUAUCACAAAAGAUUGUUAAGUGGGUAAUAUUUUCCCACUAUACGGUUUCAAAUGUGGAAAUCUCGUUUGUUAAUCAAAAUAAACAAACGUAUGUAUUGUAUAAAUAGAACGGG